UUUGUUAACAUCUAAAACAAGUGGUGGAACUAUUUUCAAUCCGCAUUAAGUCCGACCUUUUAUUGAUAAUAGCCGAGAUUUUCCGAUUGAAAUAUAUGCUCGUGUACACCGGUCUUACUGACCUGUGUGAAACUACUCUAAGGCAGCACACCACAAUAAAUGAAGCCACAGCUUCGAAUGGCCAGGGAGGAUUUCAUGGAUAUAGUGACUAUUGUGGAUUUAAAAGACUGGUUGUCUUUAAAAUGCAUUUUCAGCAUGAAAUUUGUUUUUUUGACAUGUAAUAUGAUCACUGGCAAAUUCGAAAACAUGGUUAGAAAUCACAUGCUGAUAAUUAUUGAUGUCAAGGUCGCCAUUGUUUGUAAACAUUGCUUUUAAACAGCAUGCUCGGUGAAAACAAGUAAUUUUACAGGGGGAUACAAACUUUCAGCAAUAGCAAAAAAUCUACAAGGCCAAGCACCUAUUUCUUUGUGAUAUUUUGCAUGCAUAGGGAGUUGCUAAAGCAGUGACAGAGUUUCUGUAGACCGUAUAUUUGCAAGUAUUUUUUGCCGGAGGGACGAAAAAUGUUGUUUUAGGUCUCGGACCACUAUAGAUUUUUGGCUUUUACGGAAUGAAUUGGAAUUUUUCUAACUGCCUGACUGUUGCACAUGGGAUGAUUUCAUUACAGAUUUGCAAUGUUAUGACAUAUAUGUUCUUAACAAAAUGUGUUUUCUUUUUCCAGGUUGUGUAGUUUGGGAUCAGAUUUAUCAGACAUAUUGCUUGUAGGACAUUGACGGCAGAAACUUGAAAUUUAGUGUGGAGUGCUACCUAAGCAUGAUGGGAACGCACUACUUUUAACAUGGCGGCUCGAACACGUAUGCUAGUAGUUCGUCCACUGUUAGUUUUAAACCGAAAGUGAAAGUAGUUUUGAAUAGUUGAAUAAAUAGUAACACAGUCAAACUAUUGCACUUGCAAUAUUAAAAUCUGAAAAAAAAAAACAGUGACCCCUUGGAAGCAAUAAACGAUUUUAAUGACUUGAAAAAAUAAAUUGUAUUUUAUAAAAUAAAAUCGUCAUCUCUACGCGGACUUCUUUAUGUCGGAGUCAAUUUUACCCUCAUUGGGGAUGAGUCGUACGACACAGGUCAAUAUUUGAGAGAUCGGUGUAAAUACAAUGCAUAAGUGUCCGUUAUCCUUAAAGGUAUUUUUAUUUGGAAAAUUAAAUUCAUCGAACUUAUGCCCAAAAGUGUGUCUCUCUUAGUGUAGAUCUUAUGUCGUUAACAGUUUAUUUCACAACAUAACCAGUAUGAAAUGGUUACUCAUUGGCCAAUCACCUGAAUCAUAUGUUGCGUCUGUUGAUUUCUGGGAAUAAAUUAUAAAUAUGUGUUAGUAAUAAGUAUUUGGUGCGGAAAUCAAAAAACUACUUUAUUUACAUUGUUCUUCCUUUUUCACAUUCAGCACUUUUUUCUCCAGGCAAUGAGCAUCUUACAUACCCUACAACUAUUUUUUAAGUAUAUCAAAAUUCACGAUAAGAAAAUAUCUGUUCGUUUAAUGGGUAAAAUGUGCCGUUAAACGAGCGAUUGAUUGAUUAUUUUCUUUUAGUAAUUUUUCUCAAUUUUAUCGGUAAGAUAUUUCCUUAUAGGCUAGAUAUUUUGAAAUUAAACCUCAAACUAAUUCCUUCAGAAAACUUUUCUUGAUAAAAUGAAAAACCCAAACCAAGACUAGAGGUAAGUAUUAUUUCAUCAUCUUUGUGUUGUAUUUACAAAAUCUUAAAACUAUAUUUGUCAUUUUAUGCACGCAGGCGAAAUAGAAGUAGACAAGUUUUGCAGAUGACAAAUGGUGUAACCUGUUUCCGCGACUUCUAGAAAAAAUAAAUGCUAUUUUCUUUUAAGUAGCUGCCGAAACUUGUUUCAAAUGAUACAUAAUAACUAGAAUAUCAUAAUACUAUUCAAAUAUUUAAUUAUAUGCAUGGUUUAUAUAAAAAAUAAUUUGAAACAAAAACGCGGCAAGGUCUUGCAUUACUUUUUUUUCUACGGAAGCGGAUAAGCGACAAAAGUCGACAUUUUUUCACUUUCUGUAACAAUUGUAUUUUUUGAGAGUUUUGUGUAGCAUUGCCUUGUUUUUAGCAUCAGAUCAGUUUUUUCACACCAUUUUUAAUAUAUUGCAUAUGCCACAUUUCGAUAAAUAGUGCUCACUUGUUAUCUACAUAUUGUUUUAAAAAGCAAUGUAUCACGAAUUAUACACUACUAUGAUGUUAUAUACAUUUUCUUUUCUUUUAGUGGAGAAACGCCUAAAUUCAUCAUUUGUAUGCUCUCAGACGAUCAACCAAUAGCAAAACUAGGACUUACUAAAGCCAGCCUAAAUAAGGGUGAUAAGUUGUUUGUUGUUCCUUGAAAUGUCGUUCAUCUAGAAUGUAGACGGACCAACUGUCAUCCAAAUCAAAAAAGACAAACUAGAACUGAAACAGAGUUACCUCAAAAUAGAGAAAAACAGAAUCCCUAAAGAAAGUCCACCACAACAAAAUUGAAAAUGUUGCAGGCUCGGUUUGGUUGAGCCUGUUUAUAACCAAGAACCCGACACAAAUCUUAAAACAUUUUUGAUUUUGAAAAGAAUUUCUUAUUUUGCGGGUCUUAUGCUAAAAUCGGGGCAGGAAAUAAACGGGGAUUUGAUACAUACCCGGUAAGAACAUUUGACUUUCAAAAUACAAUAAGAGACGUAUGUACUAAGAGACAGGAUGAUUGGGGAAAUACAGUGUUGGGACGAAUUGAAUAUGCACAAGAUCUGCCGGCUGUUGAGGCACGAUACCAUCAAUUAUGCAGUUCAAACUUUAGAUCUGGAUACAACAUUCCUAAACAAUACCAAGCACCUGAAUUUGUUAACAGUAAAGCUAAAAAAGGCAGACCGACCAAACCUUGUGCUGAAAGUGCUUUCUUUAAAAUAAUUGAAGAUUUUGAAAAUAAUGUGAAUGAUCAAACAACUAUAUCAGAUCUUGUUGAUAAAAUGAGGGAACUUUGUGGAGACAAUGCUUACAGUACUGUUUAUAUGAAGAAAAGGGUAAUUGAGCAUUUUGGUGGAAGGGUAACAGUAACUGAAUUUAAUGGAAAGCAUAAUGUUAUCACAUUCAAAAGCAAUGCUGAUGCCAUUUUACAUGCAUUUUACCGAAGAAAUGGAACAAAUGAUAGUGAAUCAGAAAAAAGAAUGAUAAUCAAAACUGCAGCAAAACUUAUUUUCAACGACAUUAAAUCAGAUAAAUAUCAAAAAGAAAUAUAUCCCAGCUCAUCAGAAGUAAUGUCGUCUGAUUUUAAUAUGAAAUUCUUACCCAACAGCCUUCAGCUCCUGUUAAUAGAAUUAGUAAGCAGUAAAAAAUCUGAAAAAAAGAUAUGUUCUAUAGGUCAGGCUAUUAUACAGGCUGCUAUACCAAAAGGAGUUAUUGCACCCCUGCAAAUAGGUUUGGGCGUACAGCUGCAUCAUCAGUUUGGGUCAAAAUUUCUUAUAGAAACACUCCAUACUCUUGGAUUUUGUUCCUCAUAUCAUGAAGUUCAAAAGUUUGAAACUAGUGCAGCUUCUGUUUAUGGAACCACUAUACAAAAAUCGAGUGAUCAAUUCAUGCAAUUUGUAGCAGACAAUGUUGAUCACAACACGGGGACACUUGACGGUUUCAAUACAUUUCACGGCAUGGGUAUUAUUGCAGCAGUAACUCCAGUAAUUGAAAAUAAGCGUGCCAUUCCUAGAGUAACUACAACUAAUGAAGACCUCAUAGCUGUUGGGAAAAUAAAUAUUCAUCAGUAUAAACAAACAUUAAACACCAUGGAGCUAUUGAAAUUUAAGAAACUUGUAGAUGUAUAUGACACUUAUCAACCUCCAAAAGGUUUGGACUUCCUUAUUCAAUUAGCACGUCCACUUCGUCUUCAAUCUCCUGGGUGGUCAGGAAUCAUGCAAAUGGUACAAAGUGGUAAUCACCCCGGAAAAUCUUCGGUUAUUUUCAUGCCAAUGAUCGACAUCAGUCCAGGUGAUAUGUCAUGCAUAUACUCAACUCUAAAAUUUGUAGCACUUCAGUGUCGCAGUCAUAGCACAACACAAGUUAUCACGUUUGACCAACCAUUGUACUGGAAAGCGUUAAACAUUAUUAUGAAUGAAUCCGAAGAAAGUGAGAUAAAGAAUGUUGUUGUUAGACUAGGUGGAUUUCAUACUGAAAUGAGCUUUUUGGGAAGCAUUGGAAGACUAAUGGAAAACUCUGGACUUGCAGAAAUACUCGGGACUAUUUAUGCUGCAAACACAGUUGGACAUAUGCUCACCGGGAAGGCAGUAAGUAGAGCCGUGAGAGGGCACUUCCUUGUGCAUGAUGUUCUUUACACCCUAUUGAUUGAGAAGGCAUUCCCCCAACUUCAACAAGACAAUAGUGAUGAUAAUAAUAAUAACGAACCCAUUGAUGAGUUUAUCCCAAAUGCUAAUUCUGUAGAUGUUGACACUGUGAGAGAAUUGUUUGAAAAGGUUUUGUCAAAAGAGUUAUUGCCUGAUGAAGUAAAUGAGAACCACCUUAUUAAAACAUGCACUUUGAAUUCCAAAAUGCAAAGAAGGCGUAUAAAGAUUGCAGAACUGCACAACUUUGGUUGCAAUAUAUAGACAUGGUGGACAUUCUAAAACGAUUUAUAGCCGCUGAAAGAAUGGGGAACUGGAAUGGCCACCUUACUGAAAUCAGACGAACCUAGUUUAAAUAUUGAAACUGGGGCUGUUGCCGAUGCCAAUGUGAAUGUAGACAAAGCGAAACUGAUUGGUCAAACAAUUUUAAAUGAAAUGGAAAACCAAAAUGUGUCUGAGUAUACUUUCAAACGUACAAAUCAAGCAGUAACUCUUGGUACAAAAAACAGUCUAAAGAUUAAUGGUGAAGAAAUCCAUAUUGAUCCCCAGUUACUUUUUCAACGUUUAGUUAUAGUGUCCGACAGCUCCUUGGAAAACAUUGAGGAAAUUUUUGAAUAUGAACUCUGUGCUAAUCCGUCUGCUUUAUUUGAUUCUUCUGGGCUUUUAAGAGAAGCACAAAAGCCUAACUUGACAAAUGCAAUUUGGGAACUUGGGGUUUGUGGUGUUGAUAGUAUAGCGGAGCAUAAUCCAUACUAUGUUUUAGAUGGAGGGUCUCUUGUGCAUAGAAUACCUUGGAACUAUGGAGAAUCCUUUGACCAAAUAUGUUCGAAAUAUGUAAAUCUUGUUGAGAGAAAUUACGGCCAAGCGCAUGUCAUUUUCGAUGGGUACAGCAGUGGGCCUUCAAUAAAAGAUGUUACGCAUUUACGGCAAGCAAAAGGGGUUAUUGGUACGAAAAUAAAUUUUGAUGGGAGAAAUCCAUUCAUAACAAAAAAGGAAACUUUUCUGACCAAUCAUGAAAACAAGCAAAAUUUUAUCAACCUACUCGGAUAUUAUCUCAAAGAAAAGAAUUGUGUGGUACGGAAUGCUACAGAUGAUGCUGAUCUUUUAGUAGCUCUUACUGCAGUAGAAUUAGCUGCGGAAAAACCUGUUGUUGUUGUUGGGGAAGACACGGAUAUACUUGUCCUUCUUUGCUACCAUUCAGAUACACAUAAUAAAAAUAUUUAUUAUAAAUCCGACGCCAGAAAUACAUUAAAAAAGAAAAAAAUAUGGGACAUAUUGAAAACAAAAGCAGUGUUGGGAGCUGAAAAUUGUCGACAUUUGCCAUUUGCACAUGCGUUCACCGGUUGUGAUACAACAUCGCGAAUAUACGGUAUAGGAAAAGGCAUUUUCUUGAAAAAAUUAAUCAAUGACGUCGAGUUAAAAGAACAAGCUGAAGUGUUUUCUCGUGCAUCAUCACAUGCUACUGUUGAAGCUGCUGGAGAAAAAACCAUGGUUAAUAUAUAUAAUGGUACGAAACAUGAAGGCUUAAACAAAUUACGAUAUCAAACAUUUGUACACAAGAUAGCUAACAGUACAACUUUUGUACAGGUACAGACUCUUCCUCCGACUAAAGCAGCAUCGAAAUACCAUAGUUUCAGAGUGUACAUGCAAACACAGACAUGGAUAGGCAAUAAUAUCAAUCGAGCGGAUUGAUAUUAUUGGGUUGGCUGAAAAAAAAAGAUAAUAAAUUAUCCCCAAUAAAACAUAUUUACCUGCAG